GUGCUCGCCAUUGCUUGACCGCACUGACACGAAACCAGUCUCAGCAAAAAUGUGGUGGGCAAGCAUUCCCAAAGGUAUCAAGACCAAAGCUUCAUUUCUCCUUCUCUCUUUGGGAGUGCUUUUCGGAACCACCUCGCUGCUCAUUUUCACCCUGGACCCCGUCGACAUUCUAACGCGGAAGAUUUUAGAAAUUAAGCCCUACAAUUUUGCGUUCGGGAUUUGGAAGGAUCCUCCAUACGAGGUUAUGGGUAAGGUCUAUAUCUUUAACGUAACCAAUGGUCAGGCGUUUUUGGAUGGCGAGGAGAAGCUGAAGUUCAUUGAGGUUGGGCCUUACGUGUACAAAGAAGCCAUUUACCGCACUAACAUUAGCGUUAAUAACGAUGGGACGUUAUCGUUUAUUUCUCGUCGCACGAUCCAGUUUAUGCACGAACUCUCGGUGGGAGAUCCCUUAAAGGACACGCUCUGGCUGCCCAACCUUCCUCUACUGGGAAUUAUCUCUACGAUGUCAGAUAAUGUGUUACCCGUCAGAAUGGCGGUUGGUUAUCUAAGCUUGUUGUUGAGCGGCAAUGAGUUCCUGAAUCUAACGGUGGAUGACUACCUCUUUGGAUACGAUGACCACUUGAUCACUUUGGCAAGUCAAUUUAUGCCGAACUGGAUACACUUUUCGCGUUUCGGCGUUGCAGACCGACUGAUGUCGUUGGACAACGCUUCAAACAUAGCGUCCAUGACUCUCGAACCCGGACUGGGCCAAUACUCUGUGAAGGACUUUAAUGGAUCCCCUCGCUUAGAGCAGUGGGGCGACGGAUCAAAUUCCACCUGCGGACUCAUCAGGGGCGCUUACGUUGACCCAGUCUUCCCCAGAAACCUCCCGAAAGACGCAACCCUAACCCUCUACAGGCACGGAUUUUGCCGACCAAUCCCGAUUCAUUACAACCACACCGACACGGACAAGUACGGCUACAAGACCUACACCUACGCCCUCAGCGACCACUUCCUAGCGCCCCUCUCGGAAAACCCCAACAACCACUGCUACUGCAAGAAGGCGCGUUGCGACCUAAAGGGAAUCGGCGACAUAUCGCCGUGCUACUACGGCGUACCCAUAGCCAUAUCCCAACCGCACUUCCUAAACGCCGACCCCAAACUCCUCGAAGACGUCGGCGGUCUCUCGCCCGACCCCCGAAAGCACAACUUCUACACGGUCAUCCAUCCGGAAUCCGGGCUCGCGCUCGAGGUCAAGUUCAGAAUACAGCUCAACCUGAACGUCCCGGACACCGACUUCAAUUACAAGACGCGACCUUUCAACAAUCUCGUCGUGCCGCUGGUAUGGCUCGAGCUUUCGGUCGACGGCCCUCCCGCGCUGAUCAAAAUCACCAUCGACCUGUUAUUCGUCGUAUUGCCGUGGGUGCAGCAGAUCCUACGGGCGAUGUUCGCCUUCUUGGGCGCUACUCUUCCUAUGGUCGCCGCUUGGAUUUAUUUAACCAAGCUCAAAUGCCUCGAGCUAGACUCGACGCGAGAAAAAAUAGUCCUAUUAAAGUAGAUUUACAAUUUAGCAAAGAUACAUGGAAAUGGGUGUAUGGCGAGAUUAAAUAGUACUUUGGUGAGA